AUGUUACCUAUGAAUUUCCUCUCGAGGCCAGCUAAUGUCUUCUUCCGCAAGGGCCAUGGUUACAAGAAGGAUGCCGCUCCUAUGACUCCCAUCCCUUCAAUUGUGGGGUUGAAUGAUGGUACUAUGCAUUCCGAGUUCGAGAUGGAAUCCUUAAACCAGUUUCUUAAUCAAACUUCGGGGUUCACAGCAGAGACAACAACUGUCGAACUUGCUGGUCUUAAUGGUAAGAAAAGUGAGCUUCCAAACGAUUUGGAUUUUAACACUACUACAAAAACUAUUGAACCAGAACUCAUCACCGAUAAUGAGACUUCUUCCAUGUUUGAGGACGAAAACGGUAGAACUUACCCAGAUGGUGGGGUUCAAGCUUGGCUGGUUGUUUUUGGAUCAUUUGUAGGAUUAAUCCCAGUGUUUGGUAUGCUAAACUCUCUAGGUGCUAUUGAAUCGUAUGUCUCGAAACAUCAAUUGGCAGGCGUUGCUCAAUCUACAAUUUCAUGGAUCUUCUCUUUGUAUUUAGUCAUCACGUUCUUAAGUUGUGUUUUGACAGGUGGUUAUUUCGACAGAAAUGGCUCUUUCAAACCAAUGUGUUUUGGAAUAUUAUUUUACGAGGCAGGUUUAAUUGCUUUGGCGGAUUGUCAAGAAAUGUACCAAUUUAUUCUAGCAUUUUCUGUUGUUUGUGGAAUAGGUAGUGGAUUUCUAAUGACUCCCUUAGUGAGCGUCAUUGCUACUUGGUUCUACAGAAAGAGGGGUGUUGCUACAAGUGUUGCUACAAUGGGUGGAUCUAUUGGUGGGAUGAUCAUUGCUCCAAUUUUAAGAAAACUUUACGUGGAGGUCGGGUUCAAGUGGGCUCUCAGAAUCUUUGCCUUAAUUUGUGCUGCUUGUUUAUUAAUUUCAGUGUGCUUGGUAAAAGUAUGGGAUCAACCAACAGCUAUCCCCUUUACCUCAAGAUGGGAGGAAUUGAAAUGGUAUUUCAGUUCCUCCUUUAAUUGGAGAUAUUUCCUAGAGGGUCCAUUUUUAUUUGCUGCAUUAGGUGCGGCACUAGCUGAAAGUGCUUUGACUGCAUUGGCCACCUAUGUCUCUUCUUAUUCGUUAACAGUUGGGAAUUCAGAAUCAACAUCAUAUAAUUUAAUCACAGUGACAAAUGCCGCAGGCAUGCUAGGACGUUACAUCCCAGGAUAUGUCGCAGAUAAGUACCUCGGUGGAUUUAACGUCACUAUUAUCACCGUCUCAAUGGCUGUUCUAGUAAACUUCGUAAUAUGGCUUCCAUUUGGCACCCAUUUAAAUGCUUUAUGGACAUACGCUGCACUUUAUGGGUUUUCUACUGGAUCUAUUUUAUCAUUAACACCAGUAUGCGUUGGUCAAAUAUCUAGGACAGACGAUUUUGGAAAGAGAUACUCAACAGUAUAUAUGUUGGAGGCACUAUUAACUAUCCCAGUCUUGCCUAUUGGUGGUGCUAUCAUCGGUAAAGGUUCUCUAACUGAUUACAACAAUUUUAUUAUAUUCAAUUCUCUAGUGAUGCUUUUUGGAGCUAUUUGUUACUUUGUUUCGAGAUGGUUUUCUGUGGGGUUCAAACUAGUUAAGUACUGA